CUGACAUCAGACAUCUAAGCAAACGUGCUUUUGGGAAUGUGUUGAUUUAUAAACAAUAAAAUGUCUAUGUUAGCUGAACCACGGCGAAAACAGAAAAUAAUCAAUCUCCGCGCUAAAAAUAAUGCGUGGAGCAAUGAUACAAACAAGUUUGGACAACGCAUGUUGGAGAAAAUGGGUUGGAGUGCUGGAAAAGGGUUAGGUGUAAAAGAAAAUGGAAUAGUUGAACAUGUGAUCGCUAAAUACAAGAAUGAUGACAAAGGUCUUGGUUAUGAAGAUAAAAAUGACCAGUGGACCAAGCAUGAUGACGAUUUCAAUGCUUUAUUAGCGAAUUUAUCAAAUGAUAAAGAUGAGACUAAAGAAGUUUUGCAUAGUGGAGUUUCAUUAGAAACUAAGUCAAAGAAAAGUAAAGCACGUAUACACUAUCAUAAGUUCACUCGAGGUAAAGAUUUAUCAAGGUACAGUGAGAAAGACCUUGCCAAUAUCUUUGGAAAAAAAAGCUUCAAGGAAGAAACCAUUCUAGAUAUUGGCAAGGAAGAAAUAGACUCAACUGAGAAAGUCUUUACUGAAAAGGGCAGCAUGGAAGAUUAUUUCAAAUCAAAAAUGUCAGCUUUGAAGUCAAAAAUAAUAUCAAGCGAUGUGAACUGUCAUGAAAGCACUGAUUGUCCAGAUUUCGUAUUCCAAGGGUUUUCUUGCACAAAAGAAGAUGGAGAUAAUAUAGUAAAGGAAAAAGAAUCCUUAUUUUAUAAUAAUUCUGAUAAAAAUAAUGAACAUGUUCAUAAUGAUAGAGAAGAAAAAUCAACUAAAAAAAAGAAAAAAACAAAAAGUAAAAAAGAAACCUCUAGUCAAGAUAAUACCGAGAGGGAAUAUUUUGUUCCUCAAGGAUCUAAUGAUAAACCAGACAAAAUCUUUUCAAGUGACUCCCCAAAUGAAUUGGAGGAUACAGUUUUGUUAAAAAAGAAGAAAAAACAUAAAGUUUGUAAUAAUGAAGUGCAAUGUGCAGUCAAACAUGAUAUAACUGAUGAUGAGGGAAAUAAAAAAAGGUCAAAGAAAAAGGAUAAAAAAGUGGAUUUAUUAGAUGUUCCAGAACCAAUACUAGCUGAUAGUAGCGUCAAAGAUAAUCCUGUGCCUAAAAAGAAAAAGAAGAAAAAUAAAGAAUUAUAAAUAUUUAUUUUAUCUUUUA